AGGAAAAAAUGGAUUUUAAAUUUACGUUUACAGUCGGGAGGAGCAGAGUCUGCCAAUGCCCGUGUCUGCAGCGACCACUUCGUCAGAGGUAAUGUUAUGUUUGCAAACGAACUUAUUAGCAUUAGGUUGUCGUUAAAUUCUCGUUUACUUAGUGCUUUUAAGUUAGUAGUCUAAUAUUGACUUGAUUGGGACUAUAGGCUGCCCAAGUGCUUUGGAUGACGAAGAGUCGGAGGACUGGGCUCCGACGGUCAAUCUCGGCUACGAACGAAAACCCAGAUCGGAAUCAGUUCUCAAACGAGAGAAAAGAAUGAAGCUUAAGGCAGAACAGCAUCGAUGUGCAGAGGCGAUUUUGGAUAUGCAACAGACGGCUGAGAGCCCGGAUUUGAGCCUAGUGACAGUGGAGAACAGGCUACUAACCCUGCCAUACAAUUGCAAUGAGCUGCAAUCACUUCUCCAUCCUCCUUUGCAAUUACCCAAGUCUUCAGAGGUGUCUCGUUAGACCGCUGAGAAUGGUUUACCUUGAAACAAACAACUGUCACUCUAACGAAGUCCUAAGGAUGUGGCAUGUUUGUUGACGUUAAAGCCGCUACCGCUAACUGUUAGCGUGUUUAAGAUAAAGCAAUAUAAGAACAAACACUCACCCUUGCAAACACCAAACUGUAUCCAUCACGGAGACGUUUUGUUCCAAGGUUGUGGACCCACCCGCUGACAAAAAAAAUUGUACGCCUCCAGACUCUUGAAAGCUUUCAUUUGCUGCCUAGUGUAGUAAGAAGUCUGGAGGACCAAGUAGUUGGUGAUAUCCACAGCCUCGAUAGUAGGCAAAUCCUUUACUUCUGUGGUGUAUUCGGACAUUUUCAAAGAAUACGGAUCACGUCCGAUAUAUUUUUUAACUAUCUGUUUAUAUCUCUCCCGAGAAACGGGGUCUAAAGUUGCACAAUAGCUGCUCUCCUGACUCUCCACAGUGUCCUCCAUGUUUACUUCCGCCCUCCACUCAAAAAUCGCGCUGCCUCCGCACGUCAUCAGAACCACGUGACCGCAACCCAACUAUUCCAUGAAAGGAGCGUGCUGACGUCUUAUUUCGGCGCCCGUUGGAAAUGUUUUUAAUAGCCUUAGCCGUCUAUAUCCGACGAUCAACUUAUUCUGUCUUACUUUAAAUCAAACGCUGAAGUCGUACCCAGACUUGGAAUGUAAAAUUUGUAAUCUGUAUGAAAGUCAAAUGACUUCCGCGAUUAUAUGUGCGAUAAACAUCCUCACCAGACCUCUUAAAGAGGUAUCUGCACAUGAGGCUCAACUGUCACAUCAGGAGGUCCUUCUGGCAGCUCUGCGGGCCAACUGGGCCCAUCUCCUGGAGCAACUUCAAAGGGAGAGCAACUUUGAGGUUGUGAAGAGGCUAAGGGAGGAGGUUAAGGCAACAGCAGAUUGGUUCUGUGUGGAUACAGAUGAUGCCACAUGGGCUUUUGUCCAGGAAUGCCUCCUGCUGCUACUCACGUUAUCACGUCACCUUUCUGAUGAACUGGAGCGUUUCCAACAGGAUCAAUCUUGCUUGGCACCAAAAAGUCGUACCCCUGAGAUGGCCCCACCUUUAGCCCCUGACAUCCUCAGCAUCACCCAGCAGAAGACAAUCGGAGCUGCUCUGCAGUUUGUGGUUUGUCUGGGGCUCUGCCCAUACUUGGCCCCUGGAGUGGGUGUCCCACUAGGACGGAGGUCAGCUUUUGGAGCCAUGGUGGAAAAACUAGUCCAUGUGGGCCCGGUGUCUGGAAUGGCACGCCGCCUUCUUACCACCACUAAGGUCCUGUUGGAGCUGGCAGAGUUAUCGUCUCUUGCCACACUCGUGUUCACCCGAUAUCUGGGAGACAUUAUUGCAGCAAUAUGCCAGCUGGGAUACAUGCCACACCACAAGGAUGAAAAGCUGCUCAGUGCUGAGGAAUGUCAAACAUGUAAGGAGACCCUCAAGACCCUCCUUGGAAAAGUGUACCAGCCGAUUGUCAUCAAAGAGCUCCUUAUUCUCCAAGGAGGAGCCAAACAGUCUGGUCCAAUUCAGAGCUCCAGUGGUUGCAGCUGCAGGGCUCCAGCUUGGCUGAGGCGUCUGUGUGGUCAGCUGCUGUCUGAGCGACUGAUGCAGCCCAGUGGUGUGCAGGCUGUUAUCAGAGCAAUUCUGGAGGGUGGCACAGGGGGUGAGUCAGACUGGAGGAAAUGCGAUGCUGUGGCAAAGAUCCUCAUUGCCUGCCCUCAGCAGUCUGCCUCAGCUGACGCCUACUUCAGACACAUCUGCCCUCAGAUCCUUGAACUCCUGCACUUCAAAGACAAGCUGACAUCCCGUCAAUUCCAGCUUGUGGCCACCAGGGCGGUGAUCUUUAUGGUGCAAGAAAGAUCUAGCUUUGCCGAAAAGUACCUUCUCAGCCCUCUGCUUGCUGCACUGCACCAUUGCACCACUAUCCCCAGUGAGUGUGAUUCCCAAACUGCUGUGGAAGAGUCAGAACUGACACAGUGUGUGGAAGAUGUAUACAAGGUCUGCAUGGUUGAAAACACUCCCUCAGCUUCUCUUCUCAGAGCUCUAGAAGAAGUUCUUCCUGUUAUCUUCACACUCUUCUGUUUUACCAAGAAGAAUGUUUCUCACCUCCGCGCCCCCUGUCAGGAGAUCUUGCUGUGGUACUUGACCCACGCUGAGAUGUCUGCAGCCUUGUCAAUGCUGAGGCAGCUUUCAGGCCUCCAGAGAGGGAAUAACCAGGUGGCAGCAAACUUCCACUUCACUGCUGGCAGUGAAGGAGGGGCCAGGCUCAGCUGCAGAGAGAGCUGCAGUGAUGAAGAUGAUGAGAUGUAUGAGAGACUGUCAGGGGACCAGUGGAGAGUGGAGUGUCUGAUGCACCUGCUGGCUGAGCUCAAAGACUGUGAUCUGCCAGGAGACUUUUUCCUUGACCUGCUGCAGGAGCUCACCAGCUGGGCCGUUGCAGAUGAAGAAACAAAGGAUGAAGAAGAGGUUGACAUGUCGGCCAUGACGCUGCUGGAAGUGGAGCAGCAGCUACUGGGUCGAGCUGAGAAACAAGCCCAAAGACUGGCUUUGCUUCAUGUACUGGCUACGAUGGUUGAGUCCCUGCAGCACGCUCAUCUCCUGAGAAAAACAACACAGGUUGUGGACUUUAUGAUGUCUCUGCUCCAGAGGGCCUGUGCGGGCCUGGAUCUGACCGCUGGGCUGAAUGCUGGCAGUGCAGCAGAGAGCCAGACACUGAGAAUGGGGAUGGGUCUGGUGUCUGCGCUGUUGUCUGAGCCUCAGUUCAGUGUGGAGGACUACUUGUCGAUGUCAAAGCUGCUGCCACCUCUGGAGAUACUCUCUCAGCAGCAUCCUGACGUGAUUAUUCAGGAGCUAGCGUCCAACCUGAGAGCGGUCAUUGCCACUCACGGGGCGUACCGCCCUGACAGCAGCAGUGAGGCUAUCUCUGUCACUGACGCACCGCCCCCCAGAAACCAUAAAACAGCUGUAAAAAAUGUAGUGAAAGGUGAAGCAAACGACUCACAUAAACCUGCCCAAAGCCAUGAAAGACUUACAGCAUCUUCUGGAGGGUCAAGAAUAAGUCCAGGAUGUGAAGGACAGAUCUCUGGCUCCAGUGACUCUUGCCCUCCUUCCAAGCCCAUCUCUGACUGGCUGAUAGAGGCAUGUGACCCAGACGUGCCAACAAGAGCGUACGCCCUGAGGGUACUGACACAAAUGGUGCAACAUAGAAAGCCAGAGGCCAUCCAGGCGCAGGAGAAAAUCCUGACGCUCUUCUUAGAAAGCCUGGAGCAUGUAGACUCAUUUGUCUACCUGUCAGCCAUUCAAGGUCUGGCUGCAUUGGCUGAUUCCUACCCUGACAAAAUACUGGAACGGCUCCUAAAAGACUUCCAACAUGGACCCUCCCUCCUUUCCUCCAACAAAGAGCGCUCCGUGGAAACCCGCCUUAAAGUGGGAGAGGUCCUGAUGAGGACAAGCAGGGCCAUGGGAGAACUAGCUCCCCACCUUGGCCGUCCUCUGGUGGGCAUCUUCCUGCGAGAAUCCAGAGACCCUGACCAAAGCAUCCGGGCUAGCAGUCUGUCCAACCUGGGGGAAAUCUGUCAGAGACUGGACUAUUCCCUGGGGUCACUAGCUCAAGAGAUUAGCUCCUGUCUGACGUCACUGAUAAAGACGGAGAAGGAGGCAGAGGUGAGGAGAGCUGCUGUCCACGUUAUUGCGUCGCUGCUCCGUGGUCUUGGGGACAAAAGCACACAGGUUCUCAGUGAUGUUUUGUUGGACCUGUACCGAGCUCUCAAAUGGGUGGUUAACUCUGACCUGGAUGAGGUAUCCGUGCUUCAUGCCCACCUGGCUCUGGAGGAGCUUGACGACAUAAUGAGGAGGUUCAUCUUCCCUGAGCAGAAGCUGGAGAAGAAGAUUGUCGUCCUACCAUAGAACUAAUUUCCGUGGGCUCUUUGCACUACAAUUUAUGCCUCCGUGUAAUGUGGAUUAAGUCUUCAGAAAUGUGGUUGACCACAAAGAGCAGAAAAUCCUACAUCCAUGCAUACCAAGGACUGUGACCUAGUGUACCACCCUAUUCCACAAUAAAUUUUUAAGCAUAUUUUCUGUGAUUUGUGAUUUGAAAUAUGAAAAAUAUUUUAACUUUAGAUUUAUGUGAAUUAAAUACUGUAAUAAUACUGACUUUAAUAUAUAUUAAUGUUGAAUAAUAAUCCCAAAAAGGUUGAUUCGGUUCAUCUGUAUGUAGCGUUUUCAGUGGGAGAAAUGUUUCGUCACUCGUCCAAGUGACUUCUUCAGUCUCAGCUGACUGCAGGUUUCCCCAACCUUAUAAACAGUACAUUUGCACAGUGAGUGAAACUAGCACCCUUUAAUGAACAAUGGACUGUGAGGUCAGUUCAUUGAUCAUUAAUAUGCAAAUUGUCAUGACCACUGAUUAACAACCAUUGAUCAAUGGCCAUGAGUACAAUUUACACAGAGUUGGUAUUGUAAGAACGUGAAAAGACCCUUUGUCUGUAUGAUCAACUCGGUCACCUAUAACAGCUCAAAGUUUUUGGCUUCGAUCCUCAACCCCUUGGUAGGCAGCUCUAAACACCACCACCCACUACAAACGCUACAACCAGAUGAACAGAAUCUACUUUUUGGGAUUUCCUUAUGAUUGAGCACGCAUGAAGAUGUUAAAUAAUAUUCAUAUUGUAUACCACAAAAACUAUAAAACUUUAAGCCCAAAGAAAA